ACUUGAAUCGUCAGUUCCGAUGCGGAAGUGCAAGUGGAAAGUUGACGGAGGCGGCGUUGACGAUGACGACUGCGCCGCGUGGAUGAUGGGCCGAAAAUGAAGCAGGAAUCGGCGGAACAUGGACAGCAGGAACUGCAGGUCGUGCUUGUUUAUUGUCGGCUGGUCGUGUGCCGUCGCCGAUUUCCGUCUGGUCGCUGUAACUUAAGGAGCCCGGGGGGACUGAGGCGCACACGUGCUGCGAACGCCGACCAUUAAAGUCAUGUCCAAAAUCGACUGAGGCUAAGAGUCAUCAUCAAACAACCAACCAAACAAAACAGUAGUCAAGACAACAGCAGCAGCAGAAGAGAUGGACGUGGAAGUGAACGAGAGUUUCCUGAAGACUAACGGUCAGAAGCACCAGGUGACCACCAAUGGUAACAAAGCGAAGGAGCGCUUCGAAGACGAUGACCAAGAUGUACCGCCUCCGGAUGGAGGCACUCGCGCCCUCCUCGUCAUGUUCGGCUCAUUCUUCUGCAACGGCAUCCUCUUCGGAGUCAUCAACACCUACAGCGUACUCUACAACGAGAUCUACGAGAAUCUGAACGCGCAGAACGUCACCGAUGCCUCCAGCAAAGCAGCUUUGGUUGGAAGUUUGGCUAUGGGGACGACGUUCAUGGUGUCGCCUGUGGCCGGGGUGCUCACGGACGCUAUCGGAAUUCGGGUGACGACGUUCCUGGGUGGAUUCAUAGCUUCUGGUGGGAUGCUGCUGUCCUCGUUCUGCUCGGACAACGUGUACGCCCUGUACGUAACGUACGGCGUGAUGUACGGAUUGGGAUGCGCCCUCGCCUAUACGCCUUCAUUGGCCAUCCUCGGUCACUACUACAAGAGGUACAUGGGUAUAGUGAACGGAGUCGUGACGGCCGGCAGCUCCGUCUUCACGAUGGCCCUGCCGCACAUCAUCGACGGCGUGCUGAAAGGCGCGGGAAUGGUUUGGACGUUGCGACUGCUCGCGCUUCUUGCGGCAGGCAUCAUGGGCGCGGCGACCUUCUUCAAGCCCAUCCAGAAGAAGAAGAAACAGACGAAGAUCGAGCUGAAGAGUAUCGUCAACUUGGACAUAUUCAGGAACAAGAGGUAUCUGUUUUGGAGCAUAGUCUUGCCGCUGUCGCUGUUCGGCUACUUCGUGCCGUACGUGCACAUGCUGAAAUUCGUCAAGGAGAACUUCUCCAGCGGGGAGGACGGAAAAUGGCCGGUCAUCUGCAUCGGGAUAACGUCGGGCAUCGGGCGAUUAGUGUUCGGCUACAUAUCCGAUUUGCCCAAGGUCAACAGGAUCCUGAUGCAGCAGGCCUCGCUGCUGGUCAUCGGUGGCGUUUCGAUAGCUCUGCCCUCGACGAAAGGCUCCUUCCCAACGCUGAUCUUCAUGACGCUCCUGCUGGGACUCUUUGACGGUUGCUUCAUCUCGAUGCUGGGACCGAUCGCUUUCGAUCUGUGCGGCCAGAAGGGCGCUACGCAAGCCAUCGGAAUGCUGCUCGGGCUGUGCUCGAUACCAUUAACCCUCGGUCCCUACAUUGCAGGCAUCAUGUACGAUCACACCUCCAGCUACGAUCUGGCCUUCCGGCUCGCAGGUAUUCCGCCCAUCCUCGGUUGCUGCCUUCUCUUCUUUAUGCGUUGCCUGGAGACGCCUUCUCCAAAGCACCAUCAACAGAACGGCAAGCUUCCCGAGAAGUGCCAGCUGGACGACAACAGCUCAGAGACUUUGGGUAAUAACAGUUGUAGCGAAGACACGGCGCCCGUUUGACGAACCUUCACGCCGAUCCCACUAACAGCACAGUUUUAUAAUUUUUUGCUCCCUUUCGAUAUGUUUCUAAGUCGGAGAAUCCGUACGAGCUCCAUUCGCUCCUUCGUGCCAAUACCUAUUUAUUUCCUUUUUACACAUAGAUUUACGUACGGGCGAGUUCCUAUGGAUUCUCGCAGUUCGAUUAUAUUAUUAUAUUUAACUAUUAUUUUUUUUUGGGGGCAUUUUUCCACUAACCGCAUCGGCCGAAGAAAUCCACAGGAAGUAAUGUUUUAUUUUAGCUCAAUUUAACGAACUACUACUACUAGCCUUUCUCUCUCUAAUCACGGCCUUCCUUUUAGUGUUAUAAUUACGCAUUUUGUUGAUGUGAAUGCGAUUUUGGAUGCAUUUGAACUUUAUUUAAUUUAUAAUAAUAACGAGAGGUGGUCUGAUUGAUUCUGAUCGUAACUGAGUUUCUUUUUUUUUUUAUAAAUAUAUGUAUAAUUUAGGUUUAAUAAUGAUUUUACAAGAAGCGAUUUUGUAUGCUUAGCGUUCGUUUUUUAUCUUCCUAAUUCUUUUGUAAAUAUCAAGUACGAAAAAUAAAUGAAUAUAUAUUGUUUUUUCUUUAUUCUUUGUCGCUUUGAGAGCGAGAGCGAUUCUGCGAAUUGUGUGAGCACGAAUGAAAAGUUGUUAAAUAAUAAAAGCCAAUUGCGUUGUUGCUAAUAUCAA